GUCAGCCAUACAGAAGAAUAUAUUGAACUUACAGUUUUCUGAAGAAUCAGUUCAAAGAUCUCAGAAAUACAAAAGGAGAAGUACAAAUGUCUACCACAAGACGAAAACGUAACAUGUUAUGUUGUUUACCGUAAGCUGUAGUAAAAUGAGCUCACUUGUUGACAGAGAUGAUGGUAGUAUUUUUGAUGGGUUGGUGGAAGAAGAUGACAAGGACAAAGCAAAAAGAGUAUCUAGAAACAAAUCUGAAAAGAAACGUAGAGAUCAGUUUAAUGUUCUCAUUAAAGAACUGGGAUCCAUGCUUCCUGGUAAUGCUAGAAAGAUGGACAAAUCUACUGUUCUACAGAAGAGCAUCGAUUUUUUACGAAAACAUAAAGAAAUCACUGCACAGUCAGACGCUAGUGAAAUUCGACAGGACUGGAAACCUACAUUCCUUAGUAAUGAAGAGUUUACACAAUUAAUGCUAGAGGCUCUUGAUGGUUUUUUUUUAGCAAUCAUGACAGAUGGAAGCAUAAUAUAUGUGUCUGAGAGUGUAACUUCAUUGCUUGAACAUUUACCGUCAGAUCUUGUGGAUCAAAGUAUAUUUAAUUUUAUCCCAGAGGGGGAACAUUCAGAAGUUUAUAAAAUACUCUCUACCCAUCUGCUGGAAAGUGAUUCAUUAACCCCUGAAUAUUUAAAAUCAAAAAAUCAGUUAGAAUUUUGUUGUCAUAUGCUUCGAGGAACAAUAGACCCAAAGGAACCAUCUACUUAUGAAUAUGUGAAAUUUAUAGGAAAUUUCAAAUCUUUAAACAGUGUAUCCACUUCAGCACACAAUGGUUUUGAAGGAACAAUACAACGCACACAUAGGCCUUCUUAUGAAGAUAGAGUUUGUUUUGUAGCUACUGUCAGAUUAGCUACACCUCAGUUCAUCAAGGAAAUGUGCACUGUUGAAGAACCCAAUGAAGAGUUUACAUCUAGACAUAGUUUAGAGUGGAAGUUUCUAUUUCUAGAUCACAGGGCACCACCCAUAAUAGGAUAUUUGCCAUUUGAAGUUCUGGGAACAUCAGGCUAUGAUUACUAUCAUGUGGAUGACCUAGAAAAUUUGGCAAAAUGUCAUGAGCACUUAAUGCAAUACGGAAAAGGCAAAUCUUGUUACUAUAGGUUCCUGACCAAAGGACAGCAGUGGAUUUGGCUUCAAACUCAUUAUUAUAUCACUUACCAUCAGUGGAAUUCAAGGCCAGAGUUUAUUGUUUGUACUCAUACCGUAGUAAGUUAUGCAGAAGUUAGGGCUGAAAGACGACGAGAACUUGGCAUUGAAGAGUCUCUUCCAGAGACAGCUGCUGACAAAAGCCAAGAUUCUGGGUCUGAUAAUCGUAUAAAUACAGUCAGUCUCAAGGAAGCGUUGGAAAGGUUUGAUCACAGCCCAACUCCUUCUGCUUCCUCCCGGAGUUCAAGAAAAUCAUCUCACACAGCGGUCUCGGACCCUUCCUCUACACCAACAAAGAUCCCAACAGAUACUAGCACUCCUCCUAGACAACAUUUACCAGCUCAUGAAAAGAUGGCACAAAGGAGGUCAUCAUUUAGUAGUCAGUCUAUAAAUUCCCAGACUGUUGGUCAGUCAUUAACACAGCCUGUGAUGUCUCAAUCUGCAAAUUUACCAGUUCCGCAAGGCAUGUCCCAGUUUCAGUUCUCAGCUCAGUUAGGAGCCAUGCAGCAUCUCAAAGACCAAUUGGAGCAACGGACUCGAAUGAUAGAGGCAAAUAUUCAUCGGCAACAAGAAGAACUAAGAAAAAUUCAAGAACAGCUUCAAAUGGUCCAUGGUCAAGGACUGCAGAUGUUUUUACAACAGUCAACCCCUGGAUUGAAUUUUGGUUCUGUUCAACUUUCUUCUGGAAAUUCAUCUAAUAUCCAGCAGCUUGCACCUAUAAAUAUGCAAAGCCAGGUUGUUCAAACUAACCAGAUUCAAAGUGGAAUGAAUACUGGACACAUUGGCACAACUCAGCAUAUGAUACAACAGCAGACUUUACAAAGUACAUCAAGUCAGCAGAGUCAACAGAAUGUACUGAGUGGGCACAGUCAACAAACAUCUCUUCCCAGUCAGACACAGAGCACUCUUGCAGCCCCACUGUAUAACACUAUGGUGAUUUCUCAGCCGACGGCCGGAAGCAUGGUCCAGAUUCCAUCUAGUAUGCCACAAAACAGUUCCCAGAGUGCUGCAGUAACUACAUUCACUCAGGACAGACAGAUCAGAUUUUCUCAAGGUCAGCAACUUGUGACCAAAUUAGUAACUGCUCCUGUAGCCUGUGGGGCGGUCAUGGUACCUAGCGCUAUGCUUAUGGGUCAGGUAGUGACUGCCUACCCUACCUUUGCUCCACAACAACCGCAGUCACAGACACUGUCAGUCACGCAGCAGCAGCAGAGUUCCCAGGAACAGCCUCUCCCUUCAGUUCAGCAACCAUCUCAGGCUCAGCUGACUCAACCACCGCAGCAGUUUUUACAGACUUCCAGGUUGCUCCAUGGGAACCCUUCAACUCAGCUUAUCCUCUCUGCUGCAUUUCCUCUACAGCAGAGCACUUUCCCUCAGUCACAUCACCAGCAACACCAGUCGCAGCAACAGCAGCAACUGAGUCGGCACAGGACUGAAAGCUUGACGGAUCCUUCCAAGGUUCAACCACAGUAGCGCACAUGCAUCCUCUCUGCCCUC